UCAGGAUCGAGUCAUACCUCAGGCCGCAAAAAAAUAACACAACUCCAGAUUACUUUGUAGGCCAGACUUCAUGCCUCGUCGACCGGGACUAUGCAACAAUCCGGUCCUCGGACCCGUCGAAACGGGACACUCCAGUCGUGCGAACCGUGUCGCAAGUCGAAACUCAAAUGCGAUCAUGUGACACCGGUGUGUGGCCGAUGUAUGGCAAAGGAUAUUGCGCAUAAAUGCUUCUACCACCCAUCGCCCAUGACCAGGAAGACCCCUGGCAUUGGCGCUGUCCCUGAAAACCAGCUAGUGACUCCACUUGCACCUUACCAAACCAGCACUCCAAUUCAAAGUCCCAAUAGCCAUGUAUCAUCCGAAAAUGGCUGGGCGCUGUCAGGCUACUUGGGCCCCAGUAAUUGCUUUUCAAUCCUCCGUGAUUUUGGCAGUGAGAUUCCAACUGCUUUUGAAACACUUCAUAUCACGAUUCCCCGAAACUUGCAGCCGGACAACAUCCAGAUUGGCGUUGAGGUGCUGAGAUUGAUCAGCCUCUAUCCUGUUUGUGACGCUCUCGUUGUUAAAUUCCAGACAACUCAUAGGUUUUCUGGUAUCCCAAAUAGUAUCGUCAGCGCAAUUACCGGCUCAAUCAGAGAGGCGUUUGAGCGCUUUGAGCCUGCCACUAUAGACGCUCAACUGACGCGCUUUUCCCAUCUAAUCUUCCAGAACUCAUCGAGGCCAAUGUCAGUCAACAAGUCCAUGACUGUCGAGCAGUACUGCGCAUCAUUUACGGGCUUGAACUUCCGGUGGGAGGCUAUUGGUAACUUUUUUGCUCUCGCAGGGAUGGCUCUUGUUGGGACGCCUGAUACAGACCCACUGCUGCUCAAUGUCAAAAUUAAUAAGGAAACACUGUUAAGCUUGCUUAUUGAAGCUAGCGACAUCUGCACCAAAUUCUGCGAGCAUCCAUCAUCGGUCAACGAGCUACUCAUCUAUCUUCAGACGAAUGACGGGAAGUUGAAGACUCAUCGAUAUGGCGAUAUCUGCUAUUUGACGUGGCGCCAAGUCGGAGUUCUCGCAUCUACUUUGUUCACGGCUGGCCUCCAUCGAGGGAGCGAUGACGAUUGCCCUUUUUUCCUAUCACAAUGGAGAGCGAUAUGCUUUGCGUCGAGCUUCGUCUACGACAAAAGCAUGGCAACAUUCAUGGGCAGGCCUCCACUCAUUUCAUCACGGUACUGCAAAAUCAGCGCUCCGCUCGAUAUCGGCGAAGAGGAUAUAGUGGCUGGACCGGAGGCGCUUGGGCGAGCAUUUGCACAGAUGGACCCCCUUGGAUGGAACAAGACUGCUUCGCAUGCAACAAGUCUUUUACGGAUGCGAUUCUUCCAAUCGCUUGUGCGUGAAGAGGUGCUCGAUGUCGUUCUCGGGCAAAAACAGGUUGACACGGUAGAGUUCGAAGGUCGAGCAAACGCGGUGCUCGACAAGGCAAGAGCGACCUGGGAUGCCACACCUUCCCAUUUGCGGUUUGACCACCAGGAGGAAGGCGCGCCUGACACGCCUGCCAACUCCUGGGCUUCUCGCUAUCCGCUGGUCAUCCCGUACCUCGAACAGCGCUACUCAUGCUUUCUGCUGCAACAAGCGAUCGUCAAACAGACUGGCAGCGGCCAUGCAGCCCUCUUCGACACUGCCCGGGAAAUGCUGACAACCGUGAACAAGGUCAGCGUGAACCGCGAAUUCAUGAUUGACCGAAGUCGGCAUUACGCGUGGCUGAUGCUGUACUACGGCGUCCCCGGUGCAAGCAUGCUCGCCAUCCACCUUCUUCAUCAAAACCAAGGAAGCACCACUUUCGUCAUGCCGGCGAGGACAGAGGUUAUCCGCAACCUGACGGUCUUUGUCUCGUCUCUGUCGUGGAUUACACGGCCGACGUAUGGCAACUACGCGCUUUGCAAAGAAGCCGAGAAAAGACUUACGGCGAUCCUAGAUGAGAUUCUAGAUCCGACGCCACACCAUCCACCCGGCUCAGCCAUCGCCUCUUCGUCUCCGUCUAAUCUCAACAUGGAUAGUCUUCUGGAGGGUUAUGACUUUGACGGGAUGGCAAUGCCAGCGCACGGGUAUUUUUUCGAUAACAUGCCUUGGCCAUAGCUCCUGUUUCUUUUCAGUGGGCGAUAAAAGCACGACAUAUAUAUAAUAAUGAGCAUAAUUAACCGCAAUUUAAAUUAUACGAUAAUUCUAGCAAUUUAGCCCA